CAGCUUACCUUCAGACCGGACUCUGUCCGGUGUCGCCGGGCCUCCCCCCUGCGGGGAUUUGCCGUCCCCGGGCUUGCUGCAAAACCCCUGCAGCCGCUGGCGGUUGGUUCUGAACGCCAGGCUCAGGCCUCCGGCCACCGAGCCCGCGUAACUCCACAUCCCGAGGCCGCACCGCCUACCCACGGCGGACUCUAACCCCCUACUCCAGAGGUCACCGGAGCCCAGCCUGCCAUCGAGCCGGUGUUUAGAGGGAGCCGGGGUAGGCCCGCCUAUUCACGCGAGAAAGGGGCGGAUUUCUGAAGGAAGGAGACGAAUAGAAUCGAGGUUUUUUUAUUCACGAGGGAAAUAGAUCAGAUUUAAACCCGUGAUUGGUUACUGGCAAGCAACUUCCUCGGCGCUACAAUAUGUUCGUCUACCAUAUUUUUAAAAAAUUCUCAGUCGGUUGACAAGUGGCCGGCCCGCGCCCAAGCGAGCGGUGACGCUCCGCCGCCGCCGCCGCCGCCUCUGGGGUUUCUCUCCCACCCCCUCCCCUCCAUUGUCCUGUUCCAUCAGGCGGUGCGGCGGCCAGCCCUCACGGGGGAGUCCUCGGAAGCGGCGACAAGAUGGCGGCGCCCAGUGAGGAGCUAAAUUGUCAGGAUUUCUCUGAGUUCCAGGAUGCAUUGCGGGUGAUGCGACAAAUUGACGAUAGGAUAGUUCACGAAUUAAAUACUAUUAUCCCUACAGCAUCCUUUGCUGGAAAGAUUGAUGCAAGUCAAACAUGCAAGCAACUUUAUGAUUCUCUAAAACAGGCACACGCUAGUAGGGAAAAAGCCAUAAAGACGUGCAUAAACCAAAGCUCCAGUAGGGUGAACAAACUACGAGAAGAGAGAAAUAAAGAUAUGGACAAUUUAACGCUACUAAAACGACUUCGGAAAGAACAAACAAAUUUGAAAUUGAUGCAGUCCGAAUUAAAUGUUGAGGAGGUUGUCAAUGACAGAAGUUGGAAGGUCUUCAAGGAACGCUGCAGAAAUCAUUACAAGCCCUCAACCAGCCUGUGACACGAAAGCACUGUGAAGACAAGCCAAUUCCUGUCUGCCUGUGGCUUGUGAAGUAUGGAUCAGAUGAUAGUUGUUGAGAGUAAAGUGCAGUGGACCAUUUCAGGGACCGUUUAUAGGUAUAAUGAUUAAGACAUUUUGAAUUUGAUGGACCUAUGAUUGUGGGGAAACUGGCAGUUCCAGCAACAACUUAAAAUUGCCCAUAAAAAUGGUUCAAACAAACUUACUAUGAUGUAAACUUUGUGAGCUUUACACAAACAUGCUUGUCCAUCUUGAAUAUCUUAAGACAGUUUCAUGCAUGGUUUAAACUUUUUUUUAAUUGCAUAAUGAAACAGAUCAUGUCAGAUGUUGCAAAGUAUCUGGAAGGUUUUCAUAGCUUCAUUUACAAGAAUGUUUUUCCCUCUGUCCCGUGUAGGAUUAUUGGACAAUUUUGGUGAUGUCAUGACAAUUUUAACAAGUUUUAUCUCCGUCAAAUUGCCCAAUCCAACUUUAAUUUGCAAUAAAAGAUAUCAGACUUGCUAUUUGUUUCCAUGUUUAUUCAAUUGUAGGCUGCAUUUUAUUAAAAAACAACUACCCUUCAGAACUGGAUUCCCAUUUAAUCACAAUUGGAAUUGCUACAACGUCACUCAGACUGUCUCAAAGAGUUGAAGUGAAAGGAAAUACUCAGCUACCAAAACCUCUGGCUCGGUUUAUAUCUGGUAAUCGGGUAGGUGCACAGUACAAAUACCAGUGAUUAAGCUGGACGGUUUUAGAAGCCUGAGAGUUUAAUUUCUAAUUUAGACAUUAAGAGUUUAGAAUUUGAACCUGUGCCAUUCAGGCUAGGGAUUAAACAUUUGCUCUGACUUUGUUGUUAAAAUGCCAUUUACAGUUAUGUCAAAUUUUGCAAAUGUUUCCCUCUGGCUGUCUCAUCUACAGUUCAAAAUAUUCGAUUGUAAGUACAGGUUAAUGUCUUGUGUGUUCAAUUUAAAAAAAGUCCUCAAGUUACUUAUUUCAUGCAGUAGGGCAGAAACAAGAGGGGCCAAAUCUGCUAGCAAUUCAGCAUUCUUUAGAGCUUGCUGGUUGGUAUGUUUGAAUGGGACUGGGGCACCAGAAACUUUUUUUCUUUCCCUGAUGCCAAAUACCCAGGCAAGUGUUCCUUCAGAGCCUGGGUGCUGCUUAAAAUGGUUGCUCUUUCUUACAAAACAUAUAAUGAUCUGUUCAAAAUCUAAAGGUAUUUUUUAAUCAUUCUUGCUAUUCAUCUUAAUUUCUAGUGUUACAUGGGCAAUAAUGGUCUGCUUAGCCAUGUUUUGGGUGAUAAUUAUUUUCCAUUAAAGAUAAACAAGAUGGAGAGGGUGGUGUAUGCCAAAACCAUCUAGAAACUCUUUAAUAAAAUCUGCCCUGACAGUAAUACUUUUUAUAAAGAUCAUGAAUUGUCUUGACCCGUGGGUAAAAGGAACACUAUCUGUAUUACUGUAUUUGUGGAAACAGUGAUUCUAUUGGAACUCAUGUCAAGGUUCCUUUUGUUUUAACUCAAAUCAACAGUUUUUAAAUCUAGAUAAAAUAUGGUUCUGUUCCUGUCUAUUCAUGUGUAUUUAAAUAUUGGACAUGUUCUGUUGUGUGCAAUCUGGAGUUCUAACUUCUGAAGAAACCAUAUUGAAACAAUGUUUUAUUUCUGGAGAUUGUGUCCCAUUAGUAAUAAAAAAAUCCACUGGUGCUUUUAGUCUUGUGUGCAUAGAUGUAAUACCAACUAUACAUGUUAGAUACACCUUCUCCAAAGAACUAUCACUCUCGCCACACACCCAAAGAACAUUGCUGUCGGUCUGAAUGUUUGGUAAAGAUUGCUGAGAAAAAUCUGCAGCAACUGCAGUAUAAAAAGGUUGUAUUAUGGAUGUGGACUAUUCACAAAAGACUUAUGUAUUUCAGUAGUAACUAUUCCUUAAUCCAGAAUUUUAGUUGUAGAAAUUGUCUAGAAACUGUCAUUUAACUUUGACUAUCAAAAUAACCUUUGUUGGAUUGUGCACUUACAAUUUCCAAAAGCAAAAAGUUUAUUGGAUGUUUCUCAGGAAUGAUUUUAAAAUUUAAAAAAAACAAUACUGUUUCAGAUUUCCAGCAUCCACAAAGUGUUGAAGAAACUCUGGUCUGACAGCAUCUGUGAAACACUAGAGCUAAUGUUUCAAACUCACUAUGAUCUUGAGUUUCUCCAGAUUGUGAAUUUAUAAUUUUCCAAGAUUUUCAAAAAAAUAGUGCAGAGAUAAUGUUGUAAGAUUUAAGUCCAGUUCUCAUGUCAUUAAAAGGUCAGAGACACAAGGGAGUGCAUAACUUAGUUUAAAAAGUAACAGCCAGUGUGAUACUGUACUGAUACCCAAACAAUUUGUUCCUUAACUACUGUAAGGAAAGACCAUAAUGUUUCCUCUAAUUGAGGAAUUUCAGUAAUUUCACGUUUUAGUGGAACUUAUUGCUGAGAUAUGCUUCUACCUUCUCAGUGAGCCAAUGUUUUCUUUCCUCUACCUGUCAAAAAGUCUAUUU